AUGGGAGGCUUCGAGGGUCAUCUGUUCCCAGGACUGUCUAUCUUCUUCUAUGGACUUUAUCAUGCACGGCUCAUCUCCAAGGCCUUGAUAUGCAACUGCCCUGUCCAGUAUCCGCCACGCUGUCCCUGGAGCCAAGGAAGAUGGGCAAGGCUGCAGCAAAUACACUAUGUGGGGCUGGUGAAGAUAUUGAGCAGCUUUAUUUUAGUGGCCCAAGAACUACAUAACAUUCAAGGGCAGUUUGUACUUAUCAGCAAGAUAUAUCAUCAGAGAGACUUUUUGUACCACAAACAGUGGCAGCAUCUUACUCUGUAUGCGACCUUCUUCCUGAGCGGAUGUGUAGAUGUGGUGAGCCAGAAUGUGUUGCCCCAAAGGGCUCCUGCCCUGGAGCAAGGCGCCCAAGCACUGAGCAUGUUUCUGAUUCUGACCCUGAUGGUGUCUCACUUGGAGGACUCAGAAGGAGUGGAGCUACAGAGUCACAUCCUGUUCAUCCAGGUCUUGUUCCUGUUGCUGCUGGUGGGGAUCGCAGAGCUGUGGGCUCCCAACUCACUGCGGUUCUGGGUGAUGAAGGCUCUUUUGUAUAUGAUUGCAGGCUCUUGGCUGAUUCAGAUAGGCUUUAUGCUGUUCAAACCAAUCUCUGGCUACAAAUGGAUGGAUGAUGACAAAAAUGAUAUUCUCUUUGUUACCACCUUCUUCUGCUGGCACGUGGCUUCCCUUACCAUGCUGAUGAUCUGGAUCUAUGGCUUUUCCUUUUGGUGGUAUCAUUAUGUUUGCUGA